UCGCUCCGCUGAAUCCGCCCGCGCGUCGCCGCCGUCGCCGCCGCCCCCCAUCCCGGCCCCCCCGGGUUCCCUCAGCCCAGCCCGGUCCAACCCGGUUCCCGGGAGGAUGAAGUUCGUGUAUAAAGAAGAGCAUCCGUUCGAGAAGCGUCGCUCUGAGGGCGAGAAGAUCCGAAAGAAAUACCCGGACCGGGUGCCGGUGAUAGUAGAAAAGGCUCCCAAAGCUCGGAUAGGAGACCUAGAUAAAAAGAAAUACCUGGUGCCUUCUGAUCUCACAGUUGGUCAGUUCUACUUCUUGAUCCGGAAGCGAAUUCAUCUCCGAGCUGAGGAUGCCUUGUUUUUCUUUGUCAACAAUGUCAUUCCACCCACCAGUGCCACGAUGGGUCAGCUGUACCAGGAACACCAUGAAGAAGACUUCUUUCUGUACAUUGCCUACAGUGAUGAAAGUGUCUAUGGUCUGUGAAGCUGCUGCCCUUAAGGUCGGGGGUCCCAUUCUUCAGACAGAGAGAGGUGGCCCACCUUCCUCGACCUGUCCUUCCUUGAGGCUCAAACACCACCUCCUUUCUUCAGGACCUACACUUCCUAAUGUUUGAGACUCUCCUCCAGCCCUUCUUAAAACAAGGGUUAAUGGGGGAGAUGGCCUCCAGUACUCCUUUCCUUCCCUUUCUCUACCACCUUCCCACUCAGCUUUAGACUUCUUGAUUGUCCAUCUCUGUCACAUCCAGUGGUCGUUUUGGUUUCUGUUUCCUUUCUAACUGCCCAGGGGGCUCAGGAUCCCAACAAUCCCUUAUUUUCACUACCUUCUUUUUGGGGGGUAGAUGGAAGGGACUGAAUUGUGGCGGGGAAGGUAGGAUACACAUCAAUAAAGAGGAAACCACCAAGCUGAACUGGA